AAGCUAGAUUCUUGUUUUCUCUCUCCCUCUUUUUCAUUUCAAAUCUUUAUCGCUCUCUCGUCUAGGGUUUAUUCAACAUAUACAUACACUAUAUUGUAAGUAUAGAUCUCCGCUUAAUUUAUUCUCUGCCCGGGUCACAUCUCCGAUCCGAAGAUGCCUUCGGUGGAAGAUUUGUGGGAGAGGUUGGUGCGUGCUGCACUGCAUAGGGAUAGAAUCGGGAAUGAUGCAUAUGGACGUCAUGGCGGCAUUGCUGCUAAUGUCCCAUCGUCUCUUACAAACAAUCGGGACAUUGAUUCCAUAUUAAGAGCAGCAGAUGAAAUCCAAGAUGAAGAUGCAACCAUAUCUAGAAUCUUAUGCGAGCAUGCAUAUUCAUUGGCCCAAAAUCUGGAUCCUAACAGUGAGGGAAGAGGUGUCCUACAAUUUAAGACUGGGUUGAUGUCCGUCAUCAAGCAAAAGCUAGCAAAAAGGGAUGGAGGAGGUAUCGAUAGAAGCCAGGACAUCGCUCGCUUGCGCGAAUUCUAUAAGCUAUACAGAGAGAAGAAUAGAGUAGACAAGAUGCAGGAAGAGGAAAUGUUGUUGAGAGAAUCUGGCACAUUUAGUGGAAACCUUGGAGAACUGGAACGAAAAACUGUCAAGAGGAAAAGGGUUUUUGCAACUCUCAAAGUUUUAGGGACAGUACUGGAGCAGCUCAGUAAGGAGGUUUCUUCUGAAGAUGCUGAUAGAUUAAUUCCUGACGAGCUGAAACGCAUGAUAAAAUCAGAUGCGGCAAUGACAGAGGAUUUAGUUUCUUAUAACAUUAUACCGCUUGAUGCUCCGACAAUAGGAAAUGUCAUAACAUCAUUUGGCGAGGUACAAGCAGCAAUUUCUGCUGUGAAGUACUUCAGGGGUCUACCGAAAUUGCCAGAUAACUUCCCCAUUCCUGCCUCAAGGAAUGCGGAUAUCUUUGAUUUUCUGCAUUACGUGUUUGGGUUUCAGAAAGAUAAUGUUUCCAAUCAGCGCGAACAUGUUGUGCAUCUUCUUGCUAAUGGACAAAGUCGUCUUGGUAUACCUGAGGUGCCUGAACCGAAACUGGAUGAAGCUGCUGCACAGGAGGUAUUUCUGAAAUCACUGGAUAACUACAUCAACUGGUGCAAGUAUUUGAGCAUCCCACUGGUUUGGAGCAAGUUGCCAGAUGUUAGCACAGAGAGGAAGCUGCUAUUUUUAAGUUUAUAUUUUUUAAUAUGGGGUGAAGCUGCCAACAUCAGAUUUCUUCCUGAAUGCUUGUGCUACAUAUUCCAUCAUAUGGGAAUGGAACUAAAUGAAAUUUUGCGACAACAAGUUGCUCAACCUGCCAAAAGUUGUGCAUCUGAAGCUGGGAUUUCUUUCCUGGAUCAAGUUAUAUGUCCUCUUUAUGAUGUUAUUGCUGCGGAGGCUGGAAACAAUGAUAAUGGGCGAGCACCUCAUUCCGCAUGGAGAAACUAUGAUGAUUUCAAUGAGUAUUUUUGGUCAAUCCCUUGCUUUCAAGAACUUAGUUGGCCAUGGCGCACUGGUUCCUCUUUUCUCAUCAAGCCACCAAAGAGGUCAAAGAAUUUUUUGAAAUCCGGAAAAAGCAAACGCCAGGGCAAAACUUCUUUUGUUGAGCACAGGACAUUUCUGCAUCUGUAUCAUAGCUUCCACCGCCUAUGGAUCUUCCUUUUCAUGAUGUUUCAGGGACUUGCAAUCAUUGCUUUCAAUGAUGGAAACUUGGACUCCAAGACCUUACGAGAAGCCCUUAGUCUUGCUCCAACUUAUUUUGUAAUGAAGUUUGUUCAGAGUGUGCUUGACAUUUUAAUGUUGUAUGGUGCCUAUGCUACGACUAGACCUGCAGCAGUUUCAAGAAUUUUUAUCAAGUUCUUGUGGUUUAGCACCGCUUCAGUUGUCAUGUCUUUCCUUUAUGUGAAAGCACUCCAAGAGAGAGAUAGAUCAAUCGCGGGGUCACUUUUGUUGAGAGUAUAUGUUAUUGCUAUAGCUAUCUAUGCUGGCAUCAUGUUCUUUAUGAGUGUCCUAAUGAGGAUACCAGCUUGUCACAGUAUUACCAAUUCAUGCAAUAGCUGGACUUUAGUUCACUUUUUAAAGUGGAUGAAUCAGGAACGCUAUUAUGUCGGCCGUGGGUUGUAUGAGAAGACCACAAGCUAUAUGAAGUAUAUGUUUUUCUGGUUUAUAGUCCUUGGAGCCAAGUUUGCCUUCGCUUAUUUCCUUCAGAUAAGACCCCUUGUCAAACCAACACGGGUAAUAGUGGAUAUCACGGACCUAAGGUAUUCAUGGCAUGACUUUGUAUCCAAAAAUAAUCACAAUGCACUAACAAUUGCCAGCAUAUGGGCCCCAGUGAUUUGUAUCUAUUUGUUGGAUCUUCAAAUUUUUUACACCCUUGUCUCGGCUGUAUGGGGGUUCUUGCUUGGUGCGAGAGAUCGUAUUGGGGAGAUCAGGUCUUUGGAUGCUGUCCACAAGCUAUUUGAAAGUUUCCCAGAAGCUUUUAUUAAGAGGCUAGAUGUUCCUUCCGGCAGGAAUUCAUACCAUUCAUCUGGUCAGGUCCCGGAGAUGGUCAAGGCUGAUGCAACUAGGUUUUCUCCUUUUUGGAAUGAGAUUAUACGAAAUCUGCGAGAAGAAGAUUACAUUACAAGUUUAGAAAUGGAGCUGCUUCAAAUGCCUAAGAAUUCUGGAGUUAUUCCCAUGGUCCAGUGGCCCCUUUUUCUUUUAGCAAGCAAGAUUAUUCUUGCUAAAGAUAUAGCAGCAGAGAACCGGGAGUCGCAAGAUGAGCUAUGGGAUAGAAUCUGUAAGGAUGACUACAUGAAAUAUGCAGUUAUUGAAUUCUAUCAUUCAUUCAAGCUUAUCCUUACAUCUAUAUUGGACGAUGAAGGAAAGAUGUGGGUUGAACGUAUCUGUAAAGAUAUAAAUGAAAGUAUCACAAGGAAGAGUAUUAAUGACGAUUUUCGGCUCAGUAUGCUUUCUCUUGUCAUUCAAAAAGUUACGGCACUAAUGGGAAUACUGAAAGGCACCGAAACUCCAGAACUUGUUAAUGGUGCAAUUAAAGCUGUUCAGGAUUUGUAUGAUGUGGUACGAAUUGAUGUCCUUUCUAUCAAUAUGAGUAAGAAUUAUGACACUUGGAAUUUGUUGCAAAAAGCAAGGACUGAAGGUAGACUGUUUUCAAAGUUAAAGUGGCCUAGAGACCCUGAGUUGAGAUCACAAGUUAAAAGAUUAUAUUCCUUGUUAACUAUUAAAGACUCUGCUGCCAAUAUCCCAAGAAAUUUGGAGGCUAGACGUAGGUUAGAAUUCUUCACAAAUUCUCUCUUCAUGGACAUGCCUCAAACCAAGCCUGUCCGUGCUAUGUUGUCCUUCAGUGUAUUCACUCCUUACUAUUCCGAGACUGUGCUGUAUAGUAUGCCUGAGCUACUUAAAAAGAAUGAAGAUGGAAUUUCAACGUUAUUUUAUCUCCAGAAGAUAUAUCCAGAUGAAUGGAAAAACUUUCUUGCGCGAAUUGGUCGUGAUGAAAAUGCCCAUGAGUCUGAACUUAAUGAUAAUCCCAAUGAUAUACUCGAACUCCGGUUUUGGGCGUCAUACCGUGGGCAAACACUAGCCAGAACUGUUCGUGGAAUGAUGUACUACAGAAAAGCGAUAAUGCUCCAGGCUUAUCUGGAGAGGACGACUGCAGGAGAUAUGGAAGCAGCUCUUUCCAAUAACGAAGCAAAUGAUACUCAAGGUUUUGAGUUAUCUCCAGAAGCUAGGGCUCAAGCUGACCUAAAAUUUACAUAUGUGGUUACUUGCCAAAUAUAUGGAAAACAGAAAGAAGACCAAAAACCCGAGGCUGCAGAUAUUGCAUUGCUGAUGCAAAGAAAUGAAGCCCUUCGAGUUGCCUUUAUUGAUGAGGUCGAGACUAUGAAAGAUGGAAUUGUGCAGACAGAGUUCUACUCCAAACUUGUAAAAGCUGAUAUCAACGGCAAAGAUAAGGAAAUCUACUCAGUUAAGUUGCCUGGAAACCCAAAGCUUGGUGAGGGGAAACCAGAAAAUCAGAAUCAUGCUGUUAUAUUUACCCGUGGUAAUGCAAUGCAGACGAUUGACAUGAAUCAGGAUAAUUAUUUCGAGGAAGCUUUAAAGAUGAGGAAUCUUCUUGAAGAAUUUUAUCGUAAUCAUGGUCUUCGUCCUCCUACAAUACUGGGGGUGAGGGAACAUGUAUUUACGGGAAGUGUUUCUUCGUUGGCAUCUUUCAUGUCAAAUCAGGAAACUAGUUUUGUUACUCUUGGACAACGUAUACUUGCAAAUCCUUUGAAGGUCCGAAUGCACUAUGGUCAUCCAGAUGUUUUUGAUAGAGUUUUCCAUAUCACACGUGGCGGUAUCAGCAAGGCCUCUCGUGUGAUUAACAUCAGUGAAGAUAUUUAUGCGGGGUUUAAUUCAACUUUGCGCCAAGGAAAUAUUACUCACCAUGAAUAUAUCCAGGUUGGAAAAGGAAGGGAUGUUGGUCUCAAUCAGAUUGCUUUAUUCGAGGGAAAAGUUGCAGGCGGGAAUGGCGAACAAGUUCUUAGCAGAGAUGUUUACAGGCUUGGACAGCUCCUCGAUUUCUACCGAAUGAUGUCGUUCUACUUUACCACUGUUGGCUACUAUUUUUGCACGAUGUUAACCGUUCUGACUGUAUACAUUUUCCUUUAUGGGAAGACAUACUUGGCCCUUUCAGGUGUUGGUGAAGAUAUUAAGGACAGGGCAUCAGUGACAAAAAAUACUGCUUUAACUGCUGCACUAAAUACACAAUUUCUGUUUCAAAUUGGUGUGUUUACUGCUGUACCAAUGAUUCUGGGUUUUAUAUUGGAACAGGGCUUUUUACGGGCCGUUGUUAGUUUUGUUACCAUGCAGUUUCAGCUUUCCACCGUAUUUUUUACAUUCUCCUUGGGCACAAGGACUCAUUAUUUUGGUCGGACUAUUUUGCAUGGAGGCGCAAAGUAUCAUGCAACUGGUAGGGGAUUUGUGGUACGCCAUAUCAAAUUUUCCGAGAAUUACCGGCUUUAUGCUCGCAGUCAUUUUGUCAAGGGAAUGGAAGUAGCACUUUUGUUGGUGGUGUACCUGGCAUAUGGGAAUGAUGAUGAUGGUGCCCUGUCUUAUAUACUUCUAACUGUUAGCAGUUGGUUUAUGGUUAUAUCAUGGCUUUAUGCUCCAUACAUAUUCAAUCCAUCUGGAUUUGAAUGGCAAAAGGCCGUGGAGGACUUUAGAGAUUGGACAAACUGGCUUCUAUAUAGGGGUGGAAUUGGGGUAAAAGGAGAAGAAAGCUGGGAAGCUUGGUGGGAUGAGGAGCUGAUACAUAUUCGAACAUUUGGAUCAAGAUUGAUGGAGACCAUUUUGAGCCUUAGAUUUUUUAUCUUUCAAUAUGGUAUUGUGUACAAGUUAAAUGUACAAGAUAAAGACACUUCACUUACGGUAUAUGGGCUAUCAUGGCUUGUGCUGCUGGGGCUUUUAAUACUUUUCAAGGUUUUUACCUUCAGCCAGAAGAUAUCAGUGAAUUUUCAGUUGUUGUUGCGAUUCAUUCAAGGCAUAACUUUCCUUCUAGCACUAGCUGGCGUGGCUGCUGCAGUUGCACUUACUGAUUUGACUAUUGGGGAUAUAUUUUCUUGUAUCUUAGCUUUUAUACCCACUGGGUGGGGAAUUCUUUCUAUUGCUGUGGCAUGGAAACCAUUUGUGAAGAAAACGGGCUUGUGGAAAUCAAUUCGAUCAAUGGCUCGCCUAUAUGAUGCAGGGAUGGGGAUUCUUAUCUUCAUUCCCAUUGCAUUUUUUUCGUGGUUCCCCUUUGUAUCAACAUUCCAAACCCGACUUAUGUUCAACCAAGCAUUUAGCAGAGGACUGGAGAUCUCCCUUAUUCUUGCCGGAAACAACCCAAAUACUGGUUUAUGAAAACAAUUUUGUAAAUGUUGAACUUUGUAGCAUUAUCUUGUCCAUAGGCACUAACCUUUUCAGAGUAUUGUGAACACAAGGGAUUUAAUAUUUACCCCCACACCUUUGUAUAAUUUAUGUAAUUUUGUGAAAUAUUCUAAAAAGAUCUUGGAUAUUUGAACUGGUCAGCUUUAUUAUAAGAUUCUAUCUUCGAAUUGA